AUGAAGUCCGUCAAGGCAGCCGACCUGGAGACCCUGAAGCCUGCGGUGGAGCCGCCCACGCAGGGUCACACCACGCUGCAGGUUCUGGAGGCCGCUACUCGACCCUUGGGAUCGGCCGUGGCUCCGGUGCAGGCAAACCCGCACUCCAUGGGUCUGCCGGGACACCUGCACCAGCAGCCGCAGCACCAUCAACAACCGCAGCAGCACUCGAGCUCAUCGGGACCCCUGGCGGGCCAGCAGCCACCUCCGCAGCCGCAGCAGCAGCACCCGCCGCACGGUGGAUCGCAGCAUGGAGUCGGGAGCGACAAGCCUGCCAAGCAGAAGCGCCACCGGACCCGGUUCACACCGGCGCAACUGCAGGAACUGGAGCGCUCCUUCUCCAAGACGCAUUACCCGGACAUAUUCAUGCGCGAGGAACUCGCCAUGAGGAUCGGACUGACCGAGUCACGCGUUCAGGUGUGGUUUCAGAACCGUCGCGCCAAGUGGAAGAAGCGCAAGAAGACGAGCAACGUGUUCCAGCCCGGGGCGUUGCUCCCUUCGCACAGCCUGCCGCCCUUCGGUUCGGUGGGCGAUGCCGCCGCGGGGCUCACCUUCGGCUCGGCCUCGGACCCCGGCGGACCGCCGCGCUGGGCGCCGCACGCCAGCAUGUCCCAGAUGGGACACCUGGGGCCCGCGCUGGCCAGGCAGCCGCCCCUUGGUCCGCCCACGUCCGUGCCAACCAUCGGGCAGGCUGCAAAUUCCUGCAGUCCACCAGACUUUGGAAACUGCUACAACUCGUUACAAUCUUGGAGCAUGCUCGACUCCAACAUGCUAUGGAAUUAG